AAGCAAUUUACUUUAUUUAUUUAUUUGUUUUGGGAACAGGGCAAGUUAUCUCUUUACCUAUAAAAUUGGAAGUAAUUAUAGUUUGGUUUUACCUCGAAAGCCCUUCAUUCUUCGGCUCCCCUCAUCCAAUUGCCCUGCCAUGGCUGCUGGUUCGGAGCUCGUUUCUCUGCUUCUAUUGCUCUCUAUUGCUAAUCUCUGCAAUGGAGGCAUUACCAGUAGAUACACGAGAAAACUUGAAGCUUCUGUCGAUAUGCCUGCAGAAGCUUUUCCCCCGCCCGGCGGUUACAACGCGCCAGAACAGGUCCAUAUAACACAGGGAGAUCGUGAUGGCAGAGGCGUUAUAAUUUCUUGGGUGACGCCAUUGUCGCCUAAACCUAAUGUUGUUAGAUAUUGGGCAGCGGAUUGCGAUGAGAAACAUGCCGACGAAUGUCAAGCUAGAACCACUACUUACAAAUAUUACAAUUACACUUCCGGAUUUAUCCACCACGCCACCAUUAAGAAUCUCAAGUACGGCACCAAAUACUUCUAUGAGCUUGGGAGUGACAAUGUGACGCGUCGGUUUUUCUUCACAACGCCUCCCAUGGUUGGUCCUGAUGUCCCGUACACAUUCGGCAUCAUUGGCGAUCUUGGACAGACUUAUGAUUCGAAUCAAACGUUUGAGCAUUAUUAUUCAAAUUCUAAGGGACAAGCUGUGCUGUUCGUCGGAGAUCUUUCUUAUGCCGACAAUCAUCCGUUUCACGACAAUAGGAAGUGGGAUACAUGGGGUCGAUUUGUCGAGAAGAGCACUGCGUAUCAGCCGUGGAUUUGGACCGCCGGUAACCACGAAAUGGAUUUUGCUCCAGAAAUUGGAGAAAAAACCCCUUUUAAACCUUUUACGCGUCGGUAUCACGUCCCUUACAGAUCAGCACAAAGCACAUCUCCUCUCUGGUAUUCCAUCAAGCGUGCAUCUGCCUACAUUAUAGUCCUUUCUUCUUACUCUGCUUACGGAACAUAUACUCCACAAUAUGAGUGGCUACAGAAGGAGUUUACGAAGGUGAAUAGAGAGGAGACUCCGUGGUUGAUUGUUAUGGUUCAUUCUCCUUGGUAUAAUAGUUACGAGUACCAUUAUAUGGAAGGGGAGAGCAUGAGGGUCAUGUUUGAGUCCUGGUUUGUUCAAAACAAAGUUGAUCUUGUUCUUUCUGGCCAUGUCCAUGCUUAUGAGCGUUCGGAGCGAGUGUCCAACGUGAGAUACAAUAUAACAAAUCGAUUAAGCACUCCAAUUAGAGAUAGUAAUGCACCAAUAUACUUAACAGUCGGUGAUGGCGGAAAUAUUGAAGGCCUGGCUAAUCGGUAUACAGAACCACAACCAAGCUACUCAGCAUAUAGGGAGGCAAGCUUUGGACAUGCAAUGCUUGAAAUAAAGAAUAGAACUCAUGCAUAUUAUACAUGGCACCGCAACCAAGAUGCUGAGCCUGUUGCUGCCGAUUCACUUUGGAUAUAUAACAGACACUGGUACCCUGAAGAUGAGAGCUCUCAAUAGCUUUUGAUGAAGAAGCUUUCCGUGUGUUUGUCGUGUUUGGUAGUGCUUUUGGAUUUCAUACGAGUCUGUCAAUAAGAUAGGUGGUUGCCUUUCAUUUUCAACCUUCUUAUGGUUCGUUAAUUACCAUCUUGUUGUUCACAGAACAUAUAAUAAAAUACCUAAAAUUGACACCA